AUGAAAACCCUAUCAUUCAUCCCGUUGAAGUCGAAAACGGUCGCGUCAACACGAACAAUGGUCGCGUCAACCCUCUAUUGGUCCCAGGCGCAGAAGCUCCAGUCACCAACGCCGCGACUACCGCGCCCAUGCAAGAUUUCGCUGUUCGAAUCGCCGCGACGCAAGCUCCACAUCACCAAAGGCGGACGAGUUAUCCCUACUGGACGAACCCUUUUCCAGACGACGAUAAGAAGCAUCACGGCAACAGGCUCUAAUGCCGCGACGAACGAUGACAAAGAAAUCUCUUUGACCAGCUGA